UCCCCCAGGUAAUGUGGAGACAGUCCCGCACUAGCACGCUUCAGGAUGCAUAACAAAACUCACGCUUUAUAUCGUCAACAAAACAUCCUUUACUCUCCAUGACUAAUGAUCGUAGCCGACUCGCCGUGCUCAUCGUGCAACGAUGGCCAGAGUUCAAGAGUCAGAGCGCCAAGAACAGCCUACCUUCCGAGGGUAGACGUCGUCUUGACUGGCUUCUCAAAUCUCCAUUAUCAUGUUUCACCUUCUUUCUCGAUUUCUGGCUUUGGUGAGCAGCAUCAAUGCUACCGUCGUAGAUUCGAGGAAAGAAUGGACAAAAAAGAGUUUUCGGAGCCUGACAACAUUUGGAGACUCGUAUACUGAUGAGUCAAGAUUGGCAUAUUUUGCAAGCAAUCGUGGCACAGCUCCUCCUCAGGGAUGGGCUGAACCAUUGAAUAGCCAUACAUCGACUAGAGGCUGCGUUUGGCCCAGAUACCUUUCGUGGUGUUCUGGCCUCAAUGUGUACAAUAUAAGAUCCUACCUCCUGUCCGGUUGCUUAUGCUCUAAAGAAUCACUAGCACGCAGUGAGUGGUGCCGUCUACCCAAAUGCCGCUACGCUACGGAUCAUAGCGCUUGGCGGCGUCACUCGGCCAUUUCCAGAUGUCCAGAGCUACCAGCCGGCUGCGUUUUAAAUAGAUAAGGAAUUCAAACAUCCCCAAACAAGACCUCAUUCGUUGAUGUUCCAUCCAACGAUACAGUCUACUCACUGCGGAUUGGGAUAAAUGAUCUUGGUAUACUUUCCACUGAAUCCUAACCAAGGGGCAAAACUAUUCUCGACUAUGGCGAACCUCGCGAGAAUUCAUCAGACAAUCCUUGAUUCGGUCAGAAUCGUUCGUACCCACUUCAAGUACCAAACAGUAUUCGAUGUGCGAGUAGCCACUCGUUACCCAGGUGCCAAUUGCGCAGUCUUCGACGCGUGGAGUCUGAUCCGUUUUUAAAUCACUGUUGGUGGGCUUCGAAUUCACUAAUUAUUCUCAGUUCAGCGACAUGUACCACAACCCAGAUUAUUUGAACGGUUCUGAGCCGUUGAACGUGACGGGACGUGUAAAUCAGUGCCGCUGUGAUGAGUCGAACUGUGUCACAUCG